GUUGGGGAUCAUAAGUUCAGCGCUCAUCGGAUUGUUCUGGCCGCCUCCAUCCCGUACUUCCACGCCAUGUUUACCAACGACAUGAUGGAGUGUAAGCAGGACGAGAUCUUGAUGCAAGGCAUGGACCCCAGUGCUCUGGAGGCUCUCAUUAACUUUGCGUACAGUGGUCAUGUUGCCAU